AUGGCGUCUGUGAACUCCCAGGAUGCAAUACAGGUAGUGAUAUCAACAUCUGGACAAGAAGGACGACCAAAAUCCAGCACAAGCACAGGCCCUUCGGAACCAUCCAGCACCCGGAGGAGCACACGAAUCAAGCCCACCUCUCGUCAGAAAUCAACCUCACCAACGGACACCGCCAUCAGUUGCGAUGGAGACGAUUCCCAGGAUGAUCAUGGGCCAGAUCAUGAAUUCCAAAGAGGCCGCUCUUCUGGAAAUCAGACGGCCUCUGGACCCAAGAACACACGAGCCGCUAACAAGGCUACAAAUUCUGGAAAACAAGCUAUACACGGUACGAAAAAGACGAAAACAGGAAUGAAACAGGCUGCUCCAGAGAACCACACUGAAUAUUGCCAACGAAUGAAAGACGAUCCAUCUUCGAUACCCGCGGAGAGAGAUGAAAAUGCUACAAUAAAGCUACUGAACCGCAAGAUAAGGCAGGGAGAAAAGGAGCUUCGCAAGGCGAGAGCGGAAAUGAGAGAGUCUAAGAAGAAAUUGUCAUCAGCGCGUGACGCAAUUGCCGAGCUGAAAAGGGAGGUAAACAGGUUUCAAGAUGACCAUCUGAAGCUUGUGUCCAAAGACAAGUUCCAGGCUGAAUUGGACGUUGAUCUGGAUGUCAAGUUCAAUGAUAUCUUCAACGAGAUCAAUGAUAUUUCCAAAGCUUGGGGCUUUACGGAUUGGUGGAACGUCGACCAAAUCGCGGUAAAGAAGGCGUUGUCGAACCUCUCAAGCGGAGAAUCAAUGCCCUUUGCCACCAAACGACUCCUACUGGCCGCCGAGCACAAUCAGAUCCCGCCUAGGGUAGUCUUGAGUGCACUCAUCAACAAGGAGAUCUGUGCUGAAACAUUUGCAAGGCCAUUCGCACACUUGAGACUUAGUCUCGAUGCUCAAGAUGAUGAAAAGACUGAAGUGACAUUGAACAGGAUUAUAGCAAGUGCCGAAAAGAAGUCCCCAAAUUCGCAACAUAAGCUGAGAGCUACUAUUCUCCGCGCCAUCGAUGACCGUCCCGUGGAGAAGAGUCAGUUGGUCGAGUCUUGCGCACAGCAACCUAUUCCCCCUGCGCAAGCGAAACGUUGCAGGGACAUCACCUCGAGCAUCUUCCAGAAAGUUGGCGUGCUCCUUAGAGAGGUCCCAGAUGUGCAACGAAACGCGAGACACACACAAAUGCUUCUUGUCGUGGAGAAAGCUAUGCGGCUGUCGUGCGUUCUCAGCAUGCAGCAUCCGAAAGUUCAGUUCUUUUUUCUAAACGACCUGACCGAGCCGAUAUUCACGCUGAAGGACACUUGGUUUCAGCCGUACCACGGUCUCGGCAUCGACGAAAGUGAUGAAAAUGGCCUCUCCAAAGCGCAAGAUUUCGUGGGCCAACCCAUUGACAUGGUUGUCGCCCCAGCGGUCGCACGAUACGGUGAUAAAGACGGCGAAAACUACAACAUGGAGAAUAUCGUGUUCCGGGGAUCGGUGUGGAUAGUGAGGGAUGACGGUACAGCCUCACAGGAUACCCUCAAUCUUCAUUCGGCAGAGAAGGAUACCCGCGAGAGAGUUGAACACGCCUCUGGAAGCAGAGUGUCGAUUGACCUGAGCCGACAGACGCCGGAACACACCAUGCUCCAGACCAGAGAAGACGAGCAACAGAGCCUGGAAACUGGAUCACCAGCAGAGGGUUCAAACAAGGGUCGUGGUCUCCGCACUAACAGACAACCUACGAAGAAGGCGGCUGAGGCGAAAGCAGAAACGGCUGAACGGCAAAAGUGCUCUGAGCGUGGUCAACGGCUUGUCAAGAGUCCAAGAAAGUGGGAACCUCCAACAGGGAAUUCAGCGGUUUCCGAACAGCUGCAGGGACCGUUGGGCCCCGAAAUCGUGUGUCUCGGUUCAGCCAAUAGCAGAAGCCCAUCUAAGAGUGAGGAGAGAGUCGAUCAGCCGCAGCAAACUACCAAGAAAGAAUGUUCCGAGUCAGAAGCAAGCUCUGAUUAUAAGGACAGAGCCCAGUCUUCACCACCGGCCACGACACAUCCUGACCAAGGGUUCGAAACACCGCCUUGUAAACGAAAGCGCAAGCAAAAGAAAAACAAUCUCUGUGACGGGGGAGAGAGAGCAACUGAAGGUCAACCUGGAAUUGCAGAAGCUGGCUCUGAAGGUAUCAACGAUGCCCAGAACAGCCAAACAAUUGCGUCUCAACCUACGUUGCCGCCUAGCUCGCCACCGGUAACGGCUUCUGCAUCAGAGCCAACGUCAGGGGCACGAUCGGAGCAAAGAGAUCAAGACCAAGGCUCUAGGAAGCGACAAUUCUCCACCAGCAAAGUUGAUGAUAAGACGGAAGAGGUGGAAAAUGUCGAUGAUGAUCAACCCCCAAAAAGACAGGCAAGUAUCACUGAUGGUCUGCCCAUCCCCGGGCACAUCGCGACGGAGAGCGAAUCGUCGUCGUUGGCAGAGGCCGAACCACGCGAUGCAACCCACCCAGCAGCGGAAGAACGAGGCGGCGAACAGGCCGCGGAAGAGGAAAGACCAAUCCCAAGACUUCAAGAGAACCAUUAUGAAAGCAACAUCCCCGAAGCAGGAUCAAGCUGCCCGGACCAUAUCUCCAUCAACAGUGCGGCGGACGGGCCAGGAACCACCUCCACAGAACCAGACGGUCAUCGGAAAGCCCCAGGAGACGCAUCCAGCCCAGUCGAUGAACAAGGCCAGAGCUCGCAAGAAGGCGCACCCAACUGGCUCAACCCUGAUGGAAGCCUUGAAGUCACUUGA